GUCAAAAAGGGUAUCAUCUCCCCCACCCCCCCAUUCCAUGGCAUCAACCAUUGUACCCUUUCUCCUUUCUUCCUUGUAUUUAUUUAUAAACAGAUAAAGCAGUGGUGAUUGACUCAAGAAUCUGAUAUCAAACAAAGAACAAAACCAAAAACCAAACAAAACCCUGUUUUUCUUUUGUUUCUUUCUCUUUCCUGUUUUUGCUUUCUUGUUUGGUCAUUGAAAUUGAGAUAUGGCCGGGAAAGGAAGAGCUCCAUGUUGUGAUAAAGAGAAAGUGAAGAGAGGUCCAUGGAGUCCAUCUGAGGAUCUGAGGCUCAUCACUUUUAUUCAGAAACAUGGUCAUCAAAAUUGGAGGGCCCUCCCUAAACAAGCUGGCCUAUUGAGAUGUGGAAAGAGUUGCCGUUUAAGAUGGAUUAAUUACCUAAGACCAGAUGUCAAGAGAGGGAACUUCACCCAAGAUGAAGAAGACACAAUUAUAAGGGUACAUGCUACAUUGGGAAACAAGUGGUCCAAAAUAGCAUCAUAUUUACCUGGAAGAACAGAUAAUGAGAUUAAGAAUGUGUGGAACACUCAUUUGAAGAAGAGAUUGGGUUCAAUGAAUGGAAAUGCUGAUAAAAAAGAUGAAUCCAUGGCCACAUCAUCAUCGUCUUCAUGUGUCACGUCAAUGUCAUCAUUCAAUGACAAAAAGACCAACGAGGCAUUUGAAAUGGCGGUAGUAUCAGACAAAGCAAACCAUGGCAGCCCGUCUGAGGAGCCGGAAGCCUUGUCGAGUUCUUCAAUCUCUUCCAACGUCACUAAUUCCAAUCAGGUCAAUGUUUCAAAUCCAGAAAUCCAAGAAGGUCCGUUGUUCAACUUCACAGGAUGUUAUUACAACACAUCGGAGGAGGUGAACAAGCCUGAAACCGCCUUUGAUAUCCCGUUGGAGUCCGAUUUGGAGUUCUGGAACAUGUUGGAUAGCUUAGUACCAUUCCAACCCGAAGGAAUCCAAUCGCAUAACGAAACCCAGUGUCCUGAUUUCGGAGAAGCCGAAAACAAGUGGUUGCUUUACUUGGAACAAGAACUUGGCCUAGACCCAAAAGAUGGUGGUUUUGAGGCUGAGCCACUGCUAGUUCCUGAGACGAAUGGUAUGGGCACCAUGGGUCAUUAUCACAACACAGUUCAGCCAUAUGAACCAAAUUCAAAGCAGUAGCUUUUUUACUUCUUUUUUUUUUAAGGACUUAAAAAGUAAUUUGACCAUAGCAUAUCAUGAGUACACUAUAGGUCUUUUACCUAACUUGUUCAGUUAAAAUUAGGCCUUUUUAGAUGUAUGAUGGAUAAAAUAAAAUAAAAAUAUUCAUCUGAUCUUUGGGUUAAUUAAA